GCCCCGCGGCACCUCAGUCGGGGGAACAGUGGUGCGAGCUCCAGGCCCGUGCACUGAGGAGGCAGAAACGAGGGGAGCCCCCAGAGCUCCAUCAGGCCCCUUCCAAGGGCUCCCCCACCCGGUCCACGCCCCCACCCCCCACCCCGCCUCCUUCCAAUUGUGCAUUUUUGCAGCCGGAGGCGGCUCGGAGAUGGAGCUGUGAGCUUUGCCCAGGGACGGGGGAAAGAGGAGCGAAGAGAAAAGCAGGGGGCGAAGGGUUUGGAUUUGGGGUCAGGGGGCGUACCCUCGCCAGCAGACCCUCCACAAGGGGCUCCGAACUCUGCCUCUUCACCCACGCCCCCGGUGCGCGUUGCUGAAGGAUAGGAUAAGAAUAGAGGAGAAGGAAAGGAGGAAAAAGGGGGACCCCCCAAUUGGGGGGGGGCGACGGUGAGAAGUAGCAGGACCAGAGAGUAGGGGGCUGCUGCUUGCAUCAGCCCACACCAUGCUGACCCCGCCGCAGCUGCUGCUGCUGCCCCUGCUCUCAGCUCUGGUCGCGGCCGCUGUCGACGUCCCCAAGACUUGCAGCCCCAAGCAGUUUGCCUGCAAAGACCAGAUCACCUGUAUCUCCAAGGGCUGGCGGUGUGAUGGUGAGAGGGACUGCCCGGAUGGAUCUGAUGAGGCCCCGGAGAUCUGCCCACAGAGUAAGGCCCAGCGAUGUCAGCCGAACGAGCACAAUUGCCUGGGCACUGAGCUGUGUAUUCCCAUGUCCCGCCUCUGCAAUGGGGUGCAGGACUGCAUGGAUGGCUCGGACGAGGGGGCCCACUGCCGAGAGCUCCUAGGCAACUGUUCUCAGCUGGGCUGCCAGCACCAUUGUGUCCCCACACUCAACGGGCCUACCUGCUACUGCAACAACAGCUUCCAGCUGCAGGCAGAUGGGAAGACCUGCAAAGACUUUGAUGAGUGCUCGGUGUACGGCACCUGCAGCCAGCUCUGCACCAACACAGAUGGCUCCUUCACCUGCGGCUGUGUGGAAGGUUACCUGCUGCAGCCAGACAACCGUUCCUGCAAGGCCAAGAACGAGCCGGUAGACCGGCCCCCGGUGCUGCUGAUUGCCAACUCUCAAAACAUCCUGGCCACGUACCUGAGUGGGGCCCAAGUGUCUACCAUCACGCCCACCAGCACACGGCAGACCACGGCCAUGGACUUCAGCUACGCCAACGAGACUGUGUGCUGGGUGCACGUCGGGGACAGUGCCGCCCAGACGCAGCUCAAGUGUGCCCGCCUGCCUGGCCUGAAGGGCUUCGUGGAUGAGCACACCAUCAACAUCUCCCUCAGCCUGCACCACGUAGAGCAGAUGGCCAUUGACUGGCUGACGGGCAACUUCUACUUUGUGGAUGACAUCGACGAUAGGAUCUUCGUCUGCAACCGAAAUGGCGACACGUGUGUCACCUUGCUGGACCUGGAGCUCUAUAACCCCAAGGGCAUCGCACUGGACCCUACCAUGGGGAAAGUGUUUUUCACCGACUACGGGCAGAUCCCAAAGGUGGAGCGCUGCGACAUGGAUGGGCAGAACCGCACCAAGCUGGUCGAUAGCAAGAUUGUGUUUCCUCAUGGCAUCACGCUGGACCUGGUCAGCCGCCUCGUCUACUGGGCCGACGCCUACCUGGACUACAUCGAGGUGGUGGACUACGAGGGCAAGGGCCGGCAGACCAUCAUCCAGGGCAUCCUGAUUGAGCACCUGUACGGCCUGACCGUGUUUGAGAAUUACCUCUACGCCACCAACUCGGACAAUGCCAACGCCCAGCAGAAGACCAGCGUGAUCCGCGUGAACCGCUUCAACAGCACUGACUACCAGGUCGUCACCCGAGUGGACAAGGGGGGCGCCCUCCACAUCUACCACCAGCGGCGUCAGCCCCGAGUGAGGAGCCACGCCUGCGAGAACGACCAGUACGGGAAGCCGGGUGGCUGCUCCGACAUCUGCCUGCUGGCCAACAGCCACAAGGCGCGGACCUGCCGCUGCCGCUCCGGCUUCAGCCUGGGCAGUGAUGGGAAGUCAUGCAAGAAGCCAGAACACGAGCUGUUCCUUGUGUACGGCAAGGGCCGGCCAGGCAUCAUCCGGGGCAUGGACAUGGGGGCCAAGGUCCCAGACGAGCACAUGAUCCCCAUCGAGAACCUCAUGAACCCCCGAGCCCUGGACUUCCAUGCUGAGAGCGGCUUCAUCUAUUUUGCCGACACCACCAGCUACCUCAUCGGCCGCCAGAAGAUCGACGGCACUGAGCGCGAGACCAUCCUGAAGGACGGCAUCCACAAUGUGGAGGGCGUGGCCGUGGACUGGAUGGGGGACAAUUUGUACUGGACGGAUGAUGGGCCCAAGAAGACCAUCAGCGUGGCCAGGCUGGAGAAAGCUGCUCAGACCCGCAAGACCUUAAUAGAGGGCAAAAUGACACACCCCAGGGCCAUUGUGGUGGACCCACUCAAUGGGUGGAUGUACUGGACAGACUGGGAGGAGGACCCCAAGGACAGUCGGCGAGGGCGGCUAGAGAGGGCCUGGAUGGACGGCUCACACCGCGACAUCUUUGUCACCUCCAAGACAGUGCUGUGGCCCAAUGGGCUGAGCCUGGACAUCCCAGCCGGGCGCCUCUACUGGGUGGAUGCCUUCUAUGACCGCAUCGAGACCAUACUGCUCAACGGCACCGACCGGAAGAUUGUAUAUGAAGGUCCUGAGCUGAAUCAUGCCUUUGGCCUGUGUCACCACGGCAACUACCUCUUCUGGACUGAGUACCGGAGCGGCAGCGUUUACCGCUUGGAGCGGGGUGCAGGAGGUGCACCCCCCACUGUGACCCUUCUGCGUAGCGAGCGGCCCCCCAUCUUUGAGAUCCGCAUGUAUGAUGCUCAGCAGCAGCAAGUGGGCACCAACAAAUGCCGGGUGAACAACGGUGGCUGCAGCAGCCUGUGCCUGGCCACGCCGGGGAGUCGCCAGUGUGCCUGCGCCGAGGACCAGGUGUUGGGUGCAGACGGUGUCACUUGCAUGGCGAACCCAUCCUACGUGCCCCCACCCCAGUGCCAGCCGGGCGAGUUUGCCUGUGCCAACAGCCGCUGCAUCCAGGAGCGCUGGAAGUGCGACGGGGACAACGACUGCCUGGACAACAGUGACGAGGCGCCGGCCCUCUGCCAUCAGCACACCUGCCCCUCAGACCGCUUCAAGUGCGAGAACAACCGGUGCAUCCCCAACCGCUGGCUCUGUGACGGGGACAACGACUGUGGGAACAGUGAGGACGAGUCCAACGCCACCUGCUCAGCUCGGACCUGCCCGCCCAACCAGUUCUCCUGCGCCAGUGGCCGCUGCAUCCCCAUCUCCUGGACGUGCGACCUGGACGACGACUGCGGGGACCGCUCUGACGAGUCGGCCUCGUGCGCCUAUCCCACCUGCUUCCCCCUGACUCAGUUUACCUGCAACAAUGGCAGAUGCAUCAACAUCAACUGGCGGUGUGACAAUGACAAUGACUGUGGGGACAACAGUGACGAGGCAGGCUGCAGCCACUCGUGCUCUAGCACCCAGUUCAAAUGCAACAGCGGGCGCUGCAUCCCGGAGCACUGGACCUGCGACGGGGACAACGACUGCGGGGACUACAGCGACGAGACCCACGCCAACUGCACCAAUCAGGCUACAAGGCCGCCUGGUGGCUGCCACAGUGAUGAGUUCCAGUGCCGGCUGGAUGGGCUGUGCAUCCCCCUGCGCUGGCGCUGUGACGGGGACACUGACUGCAUGGACUCCAGUGACGAGAAGAGCUGCGAGGGGGUGACCCACGUCUGUGACCCCAACGUCAAGUUCGGCUGCAAGGACUCCGCUCGGUGCAUCAGCAAAGCAUGGGUAUGUGAUGGCGACAGUGACUGUGAAGAUAACUCGGAUGAGGAGAACUGUGAGUCCCUGGCCUGCAGGCCACCCUCGCACCCCUGUGCCAACAACACCUCAGUCUGCCUGCCCCCCGACAAGCUGUGCGACGGCAAGGACGACUGUGGAGACGGCUCCGAUGAGGGAGAGCUCUGCGACCAGUGCUCUCUGAAUAACGGAGGCUGCAGCCACAACUGCUCAGUGGCACCCGGGGAAGGCAUUGUGUGCUCGUGCCCUCUGGGCAUGGAGCUGGGGCCUGACAGCCACACCUGUCAGAUCCAGAGCUACUGUGCCAAGCACCUCAAGUGCAGCCAGAAGUGCGACCAGAACAAGUUCAGCGUGAAGUGCUCCUGCUACGAGGGAUGGGUGCUGGAGCCAGAUGGCGAGAGCUGCCGCAGCCUGGACCCCUUCAAGCCCUUCAUCAUCUUCUCCAACCGGCACGAAAUCCGGCGCAUCGACCUUCAAAAAGGGGACUACAGCGUCCUGGUGCCUGGCCUGCGCAACACCAUCGCCCUGGACUUCCACCUCAGCCAGAGCGCCCUCUACUGGACCGACGUGGUGGAGGACAAGAUCUACCGCGGGAAGCUGCUGGACAACGGAGGGUGCCCUGAGCUGCAGCCCCGGCCGGCACCCUCACUCCGCCCCGACCGUGCCCUCAGGUCGGAUGCCAUCUACUCGGCCCGUUACGACGGCUCCGGCCACAUGGAGGUGCUCCGGGGACACGAGUUCCUGUCCCACCCGUUCGCGGUGACGCUGUACGGGGGGGAGGUGUACUGGACAGACUGGCGGACAAACACGCUGGCCAAGGCCAACAAGUGGACCGGGCACAAUGUCACCGUGGUACAGAGGACCAACACCCAGCCCUUCGACCUGCAGGUGUACCACCCCUCCCGGCAGCCCAUGGCUCCCAACCCCUGCGAGGCCAAUGGGGGCCGUGGCCCCUGCUCCCACCUGUGUCUCAUCAACUACAACCGGACGGUCUCCUGCGCCUGCCCCCACCUCAUGAAGCUCCAGAAGGACAACACCACCUGCUACGAGUUUAAGAAGUUCCUGCUGUACGCACGUCAGAUGGAGAUCCGGGGCGUGGACCUGGACGCCCCCUACUACAACUACAUCAUCUCCUUCACCGUGCCCGACAUCGACAACGUCACGGUGCUGGACUACGACGCCCGCGAGCAGCGCGUGUACUGGUCCGACGUCCGGACGCAGGCCAUCAAGAGGGCCUUCAUCAACGGCACCGGCGUGGAGACGGUCGUCUCUGCAGACUUGCCGAAUGCCCACGGGCUGGCCGUGGACUGGAUGUCCCGGAACCUGUUCUGGACCAGCUACGACACCAACAAGAAGCAGAUCAAUGUGGCCCGGCUGGACGGCUCCUUCAAGAACGCAGUGGUGCAGGGCCUGGAGCAGCCCCACGGCCUGGUUGUCCACCCCCUUCGUGGGAAGCUGUACUGGACCGACGGUGACAACAUCAUUAUGUACAUGGACGGCAGCAACAGCACUCUGCUCUUCAACCCCCCUCUUCCAGGCCUGGCCAUUGACUUCCCUGAGAGCAAACUCUACUGGAUCAGCUCCGGGAACCACACCAUCAACCGCUGCAACCUGGACGGGAGUGACCUGGAGGUCAUCGACGCCAUGCGGGAACAGCUGGGCAAGGCCACAGCCCUGGCCAUCAUGGGGGACAAGCUGUGGUGGGCAGAUCAGGUGUCGGAGAAGAUGGGCACCUGCAACAAGGCUGACGGCUCUGGGUCCGUGGUCCUGCGGAACAGCACCACCCUAGUGAUGCACAUGAAGGUCUACGACGAGAGCAUCCAGUUGGGGCACGAGGUCACCAACCCCUGCAGUGUCAACAACGGGGACUGCUCCCAGCUCUGCCUGCCCACGUCAGAGACGACCCGCUCCUGCAUGUGCACAGCUGGCUACAGCCUCCGGAGUGGCCAGCAGGCCUGUGAGGGCGUGGGCUCUUUCCUCCUGUACUCUGUGCAUGAGGGGAUCCGCGGAAUCCCCCUGGAUCCCAACGACAAGUCGGACGCCCUGGUCCCAGUGUCCGGGACUUCCCUGGCUGUGGGCAUCGACUUCCACGCUGAAAAUGACACCAUUUACUGGGUGGACAUGGGCCUCAGCACCAUCAGCCGGGCUAAGCGAGACCAGACGUGGCGUGAGGAUGUGGUGACCAAUGGCAUCGGCCGCGUGGAGGGCAUCGCCGUGGACUGGAUUGCAGGCAACAUCUACUGGACGGACCAGGGCUUUGACGUCAUCGAGGUCGCCCGGCUCAAUGGCUCUUUCCGCUACGUGGUCAUCUCCCAGGGCCUGGACAAGCCCCGGGCCAUCACCGUCCAUCCGGAGAAGGGGUACUUGUUCUGGACCGAGUGGGGCCAGUACCCACGGAUUGAGCGGUCUCGGCUGGAUGGCACCGAGCGCGUGGUGCUGGUUAACGUCAGCAUCAGCUGGCCCAACGGCAUCUCGGUGGACUAUCAGGAUGGGAAGCUGUACUGGUGCGACGCCCGGACGGACAAGAUCGAGCGGAUCGACCUGGAGACGGGGGAGAACCGCGAGGUGGUUCUGUCCAGCAACAACAUGGACAUGUUCUCCGUGUCUGUGUUUGAGGAUUUCAUCUACUGGAGUGACAGGACUCACGCCAAUGGCUCCAUCAAGCGCGGGAGCAAAGACAAUGCCACGGACUCAGUGCCCCUGCGGACGGGCAUCGGUGUCCAGCUCAAAGACAUCAAGGUCUUCAACCGGGACCGCCAGAAAGGCACCAACGUGUGUGCAGUGGCCAACGGUGGGGACCAGCAGCUGUGUCUGUACCGGGGUGGCGGGCAGCGGGCCUGCGCCUGCGCCCACGGGAUGCUGGCUGAAGACGGGGCGUCGUGCCGCGAGUAUGCUGGCUACCUGCUCUACUCGGAGCGCUCCAUCCUCAAGAGCAUCCACCUGUCGGAUGAGCGCAAUCUCAGCGCACCCGUGCAGGCCUUCGAGGACCCUAAGCACAUGAAAAAUGUCAUUGCUCUGGCCUUCGACUACCGAGCAGGCACCCCGGGCACCCCCACCCGCAUCUUCUUCAGUGACAUCCAC